GUUCAAGCUGAUCGUUUCUUUCUUUUUGUUCCUUUGGCUUUCCCAUUUGCUCGAGGGAGUAGAUGUCGUUGGCGGCUGCGAAGUACCGGUUUGUCACGCGACAACAGUACGUGGAGAGUUCAAUUCACCUGUUCCGAGCGCUGCUGCGCGAGUGCACCUAUCUUCCCGAUCCAGCUUCUCAAGUGUACUUCAAGCAGUAUAUCAAGCACCGAUUCAAGAAUGCUGCUCGCCGUGGGAACCCUCUGCUCCGUCGUGCCGUCUACGGCGAUGAAGCAUUUGCGAAAGAUGCGAAGGUCAAAUUAGAACAAGCGUUGCGAAAAGGCUACAAAGGCCUUUCACAACUCAUCCGUGCCAACGAAGGCGAAAUCAAGCCGUUGAUGCGCAUUCUUCGUUACACAUAUGGACGAGAUGGGCCCAGGCGGUACGAGAUGCUGCGAACGUUGCUUGUCCCUGAUGUGGUGGGAGCACCGCGGACUCAAACAAGGGAUAUCACUACAGUGCCCGUACCUGAUGCUCUAGAACCACCAAAAAGCGUCACAGGUGAUACCAUUGUAUACACUAUCUCGGACCGAUACUCCAAGCUUAAGGCCAUUGUACAAAGUCAACUAGAGAGUGAUAUUGCUAGCGAGCGCACAAAGUUAAGUAAACGUAUCGCCAUCCCGGCAACGAAUUCAUGGGGUCGCCCAAUGCCACGCAAGCGGGUCAAAAACAUGAUCAAGAAACAAUACACAAAACUCAUUGACGCAAUUUUGACGCCUCUACAAGAGCACCAAUGGCUCCAUCUUCAGGGGCUAGCUACAGGAAAGAUCCCAUGGGAAGGAUGCAAACCACGGAGAAGAGCGCCUGAUGGACGCCCACUCGCUCUAACAUCCAGCGAUCUCGAAAAGCUCGUGCACAUCAGUGACGACUUUGGCGAGCACUUUUAUUUGGACUCCUUUUCGAAUUGCAACCCAGCUGCUUCAAAGAAAGAAAAGAUACUUGCCCUCGCAGGUGACGAGCGAAACAGAGGGUACUGGGCCGCGGAUGAUGCAUGGCUCGAUGACAAAAAUGCCGUGGAUAGCGCAUUUGAGACAGUGCUCGAGGAUGAAUUGCGAGUGCAAACUUUGAAUAAGAACAUUAAAGGCAAGGAUCGAGGUCAUAGGAUUACGCCAAGGUUAAUGAGACGCUUAUGGAUGAGAGUUUUCAAAGAGUGUCCUAUGCUAAAGCCAGAUAAAGAGGCUGGAUCAAAUCACUGGAAGGUGUUUUGGGGUGGUCCAGAGUCGAAUGUCGACACCAUCCCGCAUGAGUUGUUUGUGCUAAAGGAACCCAAGGAGAAUCAGAACAUUCAAGUUGGUUGAAGACAUGACCUCCAGAGCGCUUCUGACGUCCACAUGUCCAUAUUCACGGCAUAUUCUCCGCGAUUUGAGAGCAGCCGAGCAAAGCAUGGUUCUUAGCAGUCGAAUUGGUGACAUCGCAAUAUAUAUCCUUAUUCCCGCUCG